AUGGCCAACCAGAUUGUCACUUCUGAGGAGUCUCCUUUACUCGACGACUCGAAUGAAAAUACAACAGUUCGAAAUGAGGCCUUGCUACCGACCCAAAGCGCAAUGUCGAACCGACUCGUCUUUAAGAUCGCAGCGGCAAUGUUCUCUUUCUCCACCCUCGGCCUGUUCAAUUCCUCCAUGGGUGCUGUUCUCCCCCUACUGUCCUCCCACUACCACCUGACCGACCUCCACGUUUCUCUCAUCUUCCUCGCCGGCCCUGUUGGCUACGUAAUUGCUGCACAAUGUAGCGACUCUAUCCACGCUCGCUACGGCCAGCGUGGUAUAGCAGCCAUUGGUCCAGUUUUCCAAUUUAUCUCUACAGCAACAGUGGCCUCGCAUCCCUCUUUUGGCAUGGUCUUGGUCGCUUUUGCGUUUCAGGGCCUGGGAUCGGGGCUUUUGGACGGGAGUUGGUGUGCGUGGGCAGGCAGCAUGGAAAAAGCGAAUACGAUCUCAGGAAUGCUUCAUGGGAGUUAUUCGCUUGGUGGGGCGGCGGGGCCAUUUCUUGUUACGACGAUUACUACAAGACAUAGGCCGUGGCAUUUGUGGUACUCCAUAUUGGCGGGUGCGUCAGGAGUAUCAUUCCUGCUACUUGUCUCAGCAUUCCGCCAUGAAGACGCAGCUGCGUAUCGAAAAAGCAAGCAGUCGGAACUCACGGACGCCAGGCCAGAUAUCAAGGCCAUGUUCAGGUACCCUGCAGUCUGGCUCUGCGCGGCAUACUUCAUCACCUAUGUUGGCACUGAGACGGCAAUAUCUGGCUGGGUGGUGUCUUUUAUGCUACGAAGUCGCGAUGCAACACCCUAUGUUGCUGGUCUGACGUCUUCCGGGUACUGGAUUGGCAUGGUCAUCGGACGGAUUUCUCUAGGUUUUGCUACGGACAGGAUGGGUGUACGUCGUGCGACGGCACUGUAUUUCCUCCUUGCUGUCGGUUUGGAAGCCUUGUUCGCCAUAUUUUCAUCCUCAGCGGUGUCCAUUGUGUUGAUGACACUAUUGGGAUUCGUCAUGGGGCCUAUGUUCCCUUCUGCGAUUGUCGUCUUGACUCGCUUGUUACCGGGAGAGCUACAUGUCGCGGCAGUGUCAUUUGUUGCUUCACUGGGACAGACUGGGGGAGCUUUCCUGCCCUUUGCAAUUGGCGCUGUUGUACAAGGCUUGGGCAUCGGUGUGUUCCGAUUCGCCAUUCUCGUGCAGACGAUUCUAGCGCUUCUCGUCUGGGUCGCUUUUGCAAAACUGCGCCCGUCAUUGCCUUUGGUAGAUGACACACGUGAAGAUUAA